CCUACUUUAAACAUAUAUUUGAGAAAGAGCCAGAAUGGGCUAAUUCUCACUCAUCUCAGACAUGGAAUCCAUUUCCUUCUCUGAUUCUCCUGUCUUUACAGGCAUAGUUGAGGAUGGGUCUACAGAUCUUAGAGGAAGGCCUGUCAGCAGACUUCUUACAGGAGGAUGGUCAGCUUCUCUUCUCAUAAUUGGAGUUGAACUGGCAGAGAGAUUGGCCUACAAUGGCAUUUCUGCCAACUUGAUUGUUUACCUCACCAAUGUCAUGCAGCAGAACACUGCUACAGCUGCAAAGAAUGUCAAUGUCUGGUAUGGUGUUUCAUCUAUGCUUACCAUUCUUGGAGCUUUUCUUGCAGAUUCCUAUUUUGGGCGAUAUUGGACCAUUCUUUUCUCAUCUCUCAUCUAUCUGCUGGGGUUGAUCUGUUUAACUCUUUCAGCUUCUCUGUCGUUUCUUAGCCUACCCCCAUGUGGCUACACAUCCUAUUCCUGCCCCAGACCUGCAGCUUUUCAGGUGGUUUUUUUCUUCAUUUCACUAUACUUGAUUGCUUUGGGUCAAGGGGGCCAGAGACCCUGUUUACAAGCAUUUGGGGCAGACCAAUUUGAUAAGAGAGACCCAACAGAGAGGAAGCGUAAGAGCUCCUUCUUCAAUUGGUGGUAUUUUGGUCUAUGCAGUGGUUUACUUGUAUUGCUUCCUGUGAUCCUGUACAUUGAAGAAAAUGUAGGGUGGGGUUUGGGUUUUGGUCUCCCAGCUGCAGCUAUGGCUAUAGCUCUGUCUCUCUUCUUCCUUGGAACAAAAAUGUUCCGUCAUAAAAUACCUUCUACCAGUCCAGUAACUCAAAUUCUCCAAGUUUUUGUUGCAGCAAUUUGCAAGUGGAACGUCUCUGUUCAUUCCCAAGGAGAAGAGAACAAAUAUGUUAUUCAAGGAUUUAAGGAUGAAACAAGAAGGCUUUUGCCCACUAAUCAAUUCAGGUUUCUUGACAAAGCUACCAUUGCAACUGAUUUUGACCUUGAGCACAAAGCAAAUGUUGAUUGGAGGCUAUGCACGGCCACACAGGUUGAAGAGGUCAAACUUGUUCUAAGAUUGAUCCCCAUUUGGGUGUCUUGUUUGAUUUAUGGUGUUAUUUGUGCACAAACACCAACAUUCUUUACAAAACAGGGCAGUACAAUGGAUAGAAGGAUCAUUAGAGACUUGAAAAUACCCCCUGCAAACUUGCAAAGCUUGUUUACCCUCACUAUUCUAGUGCUUGUGCCUGUCUAUGAUCGAGUCUUUGUUCCACUUGCCAAAAGCAUAACAGGAAAUGAACGUGGUAUAACACUUCUACAGAGGAUAGGUUUUGGUAUGUUUAUUUCUGUCAUUUCAAUGGUUGUUGCAGCAGUGACAGAAAUGAAAAGGCUUCAAGUAGCAAAUGAAUAUGGACUGGUAGACAUGCCCCAAGCAAUAAUCCCACUGAGCAUUUUGUGGCUGCUUCCUCAAUACAUUCUACUUGGUAUUUCAGAUUUGUUCACAUAUUUAGGCUUGCAAGAGUACUUUUAUGACCAGAUGCCUGAUACAAUGAGAAGCCUGGGAAUUGCUCUGCAUUUGAGUAUUUUUGGAGUUGGUAGCUUUCUGAGCAGCAUUCUUAUUUCUAUUAUUGAGGAACUGAGUAGCAGACUUAUGGGACAAAAAUGGUUUGCGGACAACUUAAACAGAGCUCAUUUGGACUACUUCUACUGGUUUCUGGCUGCAUUGAGCACACUAUUCUUAUGUAUCUAUCUCUCUUUUGCCAGAAGCUUCAUUUACAAGAAAGAAGAAAGCAAUGUUUGGAAAGAUGAAGAGAUAUCCUAACCGUUAAACACCACUUACAGUGAUAUUCUAUGGUGACCUCUUCAACAUUAUCAGAUAUUGAUAUUGAUAUAUACGUUGCUGUUCAUAUAACACCCAUCUACUAAAACUUUCUAGUCUGUGUUCCAAACUACAUAAAUAGAACAUGAAAG